CGGCAACUCUGAUGAUCAAAAACUAUUGCGAUUUUAGCUGUCAGAAUUUGUUUGUCCAAUUGGCGUCCUGAAGAAAAGUUUGCCGGUACAUAGAAAGUCCAUACAAAUCCCUGAAAGAAUAUGGAAAAGAGCGUAGUCCUAUUGCUGGUGCUUGGUGGUAUCGUCCGCUAUUACCUACAGAGUUUUCAUUCGAUCGGUGAACGUGUGGAAGUGUCCACGCCUAUUAACUCAUUCAAGCGAGUGCAAGAGGGUAUCUAUCUUUACGAAAAUGGUAUUGAUCCGUAUGCGGGUGAUGUAGUGCAUGAGCUGCCUGUAGUGCUGGUGCUACUCGUGCGUAUUUUUGGAUCCGUAUCAAAUUUUAUGCCGUUGCUUUAUAAUGUACUUGAUCUGCUAACAGCAACGCUACUAUACAAGAUGGCGAAAAAAUUCGUGAGCUCUAAAUUAUUAGAGCAAAGAGAACAAAAGUUUGAAUUUGCACGCGAUACAGAGGAGUUACAGUUCCAAAAGUCCGACAUGGAUGUAGUCCCGCGUUGUGUAUUACUCGCAUAUCUAUUCAAUCCAUUGUCAUUGCUCAGUUGUGCUGGGCUAACAUCGACGGUAUUUAGUAAUUUUUUGUUAGCGCUUACCUUAUACUUCUUGGUGCAUCGCUAUCUACUGCCUUGUAUAUGCUGCUUAGCGCUGGAAACAAUGCGUAACUUAUAUCCGCUGGUACUAAUAGCGCCAGUUGUGUUAGUCUUCACACAACGUUCAAAAGCGCCUACAUCCAGUGCCAUAGGUGUAGUGGCAUUAUUUGGUGCAGCCUGCUUCGCUAUCACUGGCGUUAAUUAUGCUUUAAUGCAAAGCUGGAACUUUUUAGAUGCCACACUGGGUUUCAUUUUCUUCUAUCGCGAUCUGCAACCAAAUAUCGGUCUUUUCUGGUACUUUUUUACGGAAAUGUUUGAACAUUUCCGCACAAUGUUCCUCAUCACAUUUCAAAUGAACGCUACUGUCCUUUAUCUUGUGCCAUUGUCACUUAAAUUGCGCAAAGAGCCAUUACUGCUGGCAACCGUGCUCAUAGCAUUAAUGUCCAUAUUCCGUUCGUAUCCUAGUGUUGGUGACGUCAGUUUCUACUUAGCACUUCUGCCGCUGUGGCGAAGAUGCUGGAAAUUCAUGGCGCAUAAUUUCGUAGUGUUUUGCUUCUUUGUGGUCACCUUAUCAAUGAUGCCGGCCCUUUGGCAAUUAUGGAUUUAUUCCGGUUCAGCAAAUGCCAAUUUCUACUUUGGUACGACGUUGGCUUUCUCCACCGGACAGAUAUUUUUGGUCACCGAUCUGUUGUUUGCCCAUGUAAAACGUGAUUUCUGCCUACGUAAUGGUUUGAAAAUUUAUGUCGAUGGCAAGGAAGCAAAAAUAAUUUUAGAAUAAGUUACUAUUUUUCCUAAUGUAACCAGUACUUAAGCUGUCUUCUAAAUGUAUCAAUUGCACACUCCAC